AUGCCACCGUACGUCACGGCGGAACAGACACGAAACAUCCUCAUCAUUGGCGCCACCGGUGUGGUGGGAACAUACAUUAUACGCGCCAUUGUCGAUGCCAGAGAGAACUUUGGGCGAAUCUGUGUCUUCACCAGUGAGAAGACAUUGGUAGAGAAAGUACAAGAUAUCGCUGCGUUGGAAGCAUGGGGAGUCGAGAUCUUCACCGGUCGCAUGGAGAGCGAGAGAUCCGUCAAGAGUGCAUAUGAAGGCAUAGAUACCGUUGUCUCCUGCGUUGGCCGCGCCGGGAUCGAGAGGCAGAUAGAUCUCAUUACCUGGGCCGAGCAGGCUGGUGUGCGGCGGUUCUUUCCCUCGGAAUAUGGCACAGACAUUGAAUACUGGCCCGAGUCGGCCCAGGAGCCGCCGCAUCAGCUCAAAUUAAAAGUCCGAGCGCACAUGAAGACGAUGCAACGCUUAGAACACACUUACCUGGUCACCGGGCCCUACAGUGACCUGUACUUUGGGACCAUGGAAACCCGGCCGGAAUUGGGCUACUUCGAUGUCAAGGCAAAGAAGGCGGUGCUACUUGGUGAUGGCAAUGGGGCAGUCAGUUUUACGGCCAUUGCAGAUGUGGGCAAAUUUGUCGUUGCGGCGCUCAUCAACACCAACGCGUCAAGGAAUGCUACGCUGAUCGUCCAUUCGUUCACCGCGACACCGCAUGAGAUUCUGGCCGAGUACGAAAGACAGACCGGAGUCACGUGGGAGAAGUCCUACACCUCUCUUGAACGGUUGCGACAAAUCGAAAGGGAAGAGUAUCAAGUACAUUCUCGACUGGCCACGGUGGUGACACUACGCCGCAUCUGGACCGAAGGAGGGACCUUGCACAAAUACUACGAUGAGACUGUCUUGGGACACAUCGAAACCGAAACCCUGGAGAGCCAGGUCGCUGCUAACAUCCGCAAGCAGGAGGAAGGCGAAAACAAUUUCCCAAGCUUGCUGAGGAAGCUGAGUCUGGUCUGA